UAAACAAGCGAGUGGAAUUUGGUUUGUUGUGAUGCUGCGGCUUGAGGCGUAAUCGGGCUGCGUGUGAAAAGUGUUGGAAUAACAUUUUUAUUUGAAAUUGUGAUCAAUAGUUAAGAAAAUGUCCUGUAACUAUGCGGAAGGGUUGUCGGAUUACAAACAUAAGGGAAUUCUGGGAGUUCCUGAGGUUUUCGACGACGAAGAAGCUAUAAACGAGAAAUGUGACCAGUUGGCAAAAUGGAUCCUAGGAUCGAAGCACGUCGUAGUUCAUACGGGUGCUGGCAUAAGCACAAGCGCUGGCAUUCCGGACUUUCGCGGACCAAACGGUGUCUGGACGCUGGAGAAGCGCGGUGAGAAACCCACGGUAAACGUUGCCUUUGACGAGGCCAUCCCCACGGCCACCCACAUGGGGCUGAAGGCCCUGGUGGAAGCUGGCCACAUCAAGUACGUUGUCAGUCAGAACAUCGACGGGCUGCACAUGCGAUCCGGUCUGCAGCGAAAGAACCUGGCAGAACUGCACGGAAACAUGUUCAUCGAACAGUGUCUGAAAUGUCGCCGGCAGUACGUGAGGGCCACACCUGCGCCAACGGUGGGGAAAAAGCUUACCGGAGACGUCUGCCGGGGAACCAAAAAUAGCCGAGCCUGCCGCGGAGGCAACCUGAUUGAUAACAUUCUGGACUGGGAGCACGACUUGCCGGAAAGCGAUCUGGAUUUGUCGUUUAUGCACUCCACUCUGGCAGAUCUGAACAUUUGUCUCGGAACCACGCUGCAAAUCGUCCCCAGUGGGAAUCUGCCCCUGCGGAAUAAACGCUACGGCGGACGGUUGGUCAUUUGCAACUUGCAACCAACGAAGCAUGACAAAAAAGCCGAUCUCAUAAUCUCGACGUACGUGGAUACGAUCAUCCAGAAAGUGGCGAAAAAGCUGGGCGUUGAAAUCCCCGCCUACACGCCCGACAUGGAUCCCACCAAAGAGAAACCGACCACGAGUCUUGAGUGGACCAUACCGACGGACGAGGUAAAAGCGCUGGACAAGAUUUACGCCAAAACGGUCAAAGAGCUUGCCAAGACGAAGAAAAAGACGGCGAGUUCUGCUCGGGAUGAAAAGGAGGAGUUUAAAUUUAAGGCCAAAAAGCUGAAAAAGGAUACCUCGGGUGAAGGAGGUAGAGAGGGGGAGAUGAUUAAAGUGGAAAAUGAAUUAAAUUACUAGAAUAUGAGUUUUGUAAA